AUGUCCACCCAACUCAUUAAGAUGAAAUUCGGCGUAGGCCGGGGCAAGUCGGUACACACAAACCCAUAAGCCAGUUUGAAAAUAGUCAUUUAAUCCUACUCCCUCAACUGUCACUCGACUACACUCAUCUCUCAGCACGUCCAGCCACUUCUACUGUGGCAUCUACUGCGACUACGCCGAGCCAUGGCGACUACGUCAUCCGCCACGAAAAACCCCUCGUCGCAACGUCUCUGUGCAGCUCUGCUUGACGACUUCUCUAAGCACGUCAGGCAGGAGGCACAAGAUGAAGCCGAGGUGGUAUUUCUUGACGAUCACGCUGGGCUCAUCAAGAGAGCCUUGAUAAACCUGACCUCCACGAGGAACAACACCUACAUCAUAGAAGAACUACCAACCUCCAGAAACCGUUAUCGGGUAAGCAAAAAGAAAAAAAUAUAUAAAAAUAAUAAAGCAACAAGCUUCCAGGUUUAUUCCAACGUCCACCUGCCCAAAGUCACCCGCUUUGCAGCGCAGUACGACCUGAAAAGAAACCCCAUUCUGGCAGCCGGAGCUUUCAACGAGACCGGAUACAAAAUCAUCGUCGGCACGGUAAAAUUUGCUGACGCCAUGCUCAGAGUCGCCGCUGACAAGUUCGACUUGUACCUGGUCCUGAAGGCCGACGAAGCGACACUCCAACGCCUACAGGCGGCUACGAACGCUCUGGUCAGCAAAGAAAAAAAUAAAUAAAUAAAGCAACAAGCUUCCAGGUUUAUUAAAACGUUAACCUGCACAAAGUGACCCGCUUCGCAACGCAAUACGAUCUGAAGAAAAACCCAAUCGCGGGAGCCGGUGCCUUCAACGAGACCGGAUACAAAAUCAUCGUCGGCACGGCAAAAUUUGCUGACGCCAUGAUCAUUCAUGGACGACAGACGGAUGAUCACAAGAGAAACACAUCCCAGAAAGGGAUGAAUUCUCAACAGCCUUCGACAUUGUAG